GCUGUCAAGUUUGCAUAGUGUUUGGUAAAAAAUUGAGAAAUAGAGCUAAAAGUAAAGAAAGGGUGGUGAAAUCCCCAAGGUCACUGCUGUGGUGACUGCCAGAACCUCUCUGCUAUGUGUUUGUUGUCUCUUUUGCACAGAAAAAUGCCAAGGUAGCAGUGCUGGGAGCCUCGGGGGGCAUUGGGCAGCCUCUCUCCCUGCUCCUGAAGAACAGCCCUCUGGUGAGCAAGCUCAGCCUCUACGACAUCGCACACACUCCAGGUGUGGCAGCUGAUCUCAGCCACAUCGAGACCAGAGCCAAUGUCAAAGGCUUCAUGGGACCUGAGCAGUUGCCAGAAUGUCUGAAGGGCUGUGAUGUGGUGGUUAUUCCAGCGGGAGUCCCUAGAAAACCAGGUAUGACCCGUGAUGACCUGUUCAACACCAAUGCCAGCAUUGUUGCCUCUCUGACAUCUGGCUGUGCAAAGCACUGUCCAGAAGCCAUGAUCUGUAUUAUUUCUAACCCAGUAAAUUCAACCAUCCCAAUAACUUCAGAAGUCUUCAAGAAGCAUGGAGUGUAUAAUCCCAACAAAAUCUUUGGUGUCACAACGCUGGACAUCGUCAGAGCAAACACUUUUGUGGCUGAACUAAAGGGCUUAGAUCCAGCUCGAGUGACUGUGCCGGUUAUUGGUGGACAUGCUGGGAAGACUAUCAUCCCUCUGAUCUCUCAGUGCACACCAAAAGUGGACUUUCCUCAAGAUCAGCUGGAAAAGCUUACAGCAAGAAUUCAAGAAGCUGGCACUGAAGUUGUCCAAGCAAAAGCAGGAGCAGGAUCUGCCACCCUGUCUAUGGCCUAUGCUGGUGCUCGAUUUGUGUUCUCUCUGUUGGAAGCAAUGAGUGGAAAACAGGGAGUUGUGGAAUGUGCCUUUAUUAAAUCGGACGUGACGGAGAGCCCCUACUUCUCUACACCUCUGCAGCUGGGAAAAAAAGGAGUUGAGAAGAACCUUGGUCUUGGCAAGCUCUCCCCCUUUGAAGAGAAGAUGGUUGCUGCGGCCCUGCCUGAGCUGAAGGCUUCAAUUAAGAAAGGAGAGGAAUUUGCAAAGAACUUCAAGUGAAGAGUUCAUAACUGAGAGGAAUUAACUUCCUUAAUUUAUUAAGGCAUCAUGUCACUUUACGACUUCUGAGUCAAAGCUCAUGCUUUGAUUGAAGUCUGUCUGUAUUAGCUUGAUGCUUGUUGCCAGUGCAGUCUAAUCAUCAAUAAAACAGCCUCAUUUUUUCAGUGUACCA